GAAAGAAAAGAAAACAAUCAACAUGUGAAUUUUAGCAUUAUUCUAUUCCUAAAUUUUUAUUAAAUUUUAUAACUAAAUUAAAGAAAGAAUAAUUUUUGUUCUUAAAAUUUGAAACUUCUCUUAACGAUGGAUAAUCACGAGAAGGACAUCAACGACGUCUUUGACGACAUCGCCCUAGCAGAGGAUAAAAUCAACCAGGAAGGCUACGAAGAGGGUUUCACGAGAGGAGUAACAGCCGGGAAUACCGAAGCCUACCACCUAGGCUACCACAGAGGAGCGGAAUUUGGUGCAGAAUUGGGGUACUACAUGGGCAUCGUGGAAGCCUUUAAGGACAACAAGGAAGACAAAGUUGUCGCCUCAUUGGGGAAUUUAAGAGAAUCCCUGGAAAACUUUCCCAAAUUCAAUGACACAAAUUGUGAUUUUGGACAUGAAAUUCAGCGAAUUCGUGGACAAUUUCGCAAAGUUUGUGCCCUCCUGAAGUUUAAGAGUAAUUUUAGCUCUUCCGGUGAUCUCAGCUUUUAAAAAAGUAUUAAAAAAAUUUUUUUUUUGAAGCCUACAAUAGGCAGAAGCAUUAUGUUCCAGAAAGCAUCAGGAAAAGCAAGAGAACUUUAGUAAACUAGGGAAUUUUUCUUGGCAGAAGUUCUUAAUAUUUUUUUACCUCAAAUGUGGUAUUUUUGUUAAUAAGAAACUAAUAAAUAACUAACAAAAAAUCCUACAAAGAUAUUUUUUAA